AUGAAGUUCUCCAUGCUGGCGACCAUCUUGGCCACCAGCGGCCUUGCCACGGCCUCGCCCACGCCCACGCGCCGCUCAAAGAAAAUCAUCGGCGGCACCAACGCCACCAUCGACCAGUUCCCAUACCAAGCGUCGAUCCAGCGCCGGGUUCACUCCUUCGACUGCCAGUUCAACGUUCACACGUGCGGCGGCGUCAUCAUCGCACCGAACAAGAUCCUCACAGCCGCCCACUGCGUCUCGGGCGACGACGACGGCUCGGACCGCACGCAGUUCGUCGUCCGCGCCGGCAGCACCGACUGGACCCGCGGCGGCCAGCUCGUCGGCGUCAACGGCAUCACGAUUCACCCUGGCUACAAGCCGAGCGGGGACCACGGCAACGACCUCGCCGUGCUCACUCUCAAACGCAACCUCACGCUCGGAGACAAGGUCGCAAUCGCGGACCUGGCUGAUGCCGAGGAACGCAUGCCUGCGGCCGGUGCCGACGUCGUCGUCGCCGGCUGGGGCCAAACGCAGGCCGGCAAGGGGCAACCGUCCGUCUUGCUGCGGUCUCUGACGACAAAGGUCGUGCGCAGGUGGGUGUGCGAGUUCAAGUUUCUGCGGUACGGAGGCAUCGGGACCAAGGACUUUUGCGCCGGAGACGGGGGCGAGUUCGAGAACACCUGGGCCGGGGAUAGCGGUGGCGCCUUGUUUGAAAUCAGCACCAAGAAGGUGGUUGGUAUUGUGUCGUUUGGUCUUGACGCUCCCAAGAAGGGGUACCCUACCGUCUUUACAAGCAUUGCUGGCUACCGAGAGUACAUCACUAGGGCCGCUGCUGUGUAG